AUGUCGACUACGAGAGUGUUGCGAGCGUGCGCAAUCGUGGCGCUGGCGGUGUUCCUGUGGCGCAGCGCGGUUCAUGCCAUCGCAGGAGACAUUCGAGAGGCGUCCCACCGUACGCCGAACCUGUUGACCCCCAUGGAUUUGAGCUUCUCGAUCUGGGGCGUCAUCUACGUGGGGCUGAUUGUGUUUGUGGGGCGCGAAUGGUUCUACCCGAGUGUGGAACUCGAGUCGUCGAUCUCGGUGCUGCAUGGGCUAUUCAUCGUGAGCAGUGUGUGCUCGACGUUGUGGAUGGAGCUGUUUGUUACGGGGUACACGCGGCUAUCGUUCGUCCCCAUCCUCGUCUCGUGGAUCGUCUUGUUUGGCGCGUACUUGUACGUUGAGAGCCACAUUCAGCCGAUCCUCGUUACGUCCAUCUUGUCCAGUUUCAAUGCGAACUAUCUGUACGAGUCCAAGUCCCGCGGAGACUAUUGGUGCAUUCGUGUGCCGUUCACGAUCUACUGGGCAUGGACAUGCGCCGCCGCCACGAUCGCGCUCAACAUGUUGCUCGAGGAGUUUGGAAUCCACUACAUGCCGAUCUACGUCUUUUGGUGCGGCAUGUGGGUCUUAGCAAACACGAUCAUUUUGAUCGGCGUCGGCGACGUGCCGUUUGCCGCCGUCGCGCUGUGGACUCUUGUGGGCAUCGCCGUGCGCAACAGUCAACUGAAGCAAGACAAUGUCAGCGACGUGAAGCUGUAUGCCGAGCAUUAUGCGCUAGAAGUGAUGGCAACGGUCGGCGCGUUUGUUUUUGGAAGCCUGUUUGUCUUUUUGAUGGUGCACAAGUCGUGGCGAGGCCCCAGGCGCACGACCGAUGGCAUCCUGCAUUUCAUCCCGACCACGUACGGCACCGCCGACUGACCGCGCUUGAUGUAGCAGUCACCUGUCCUCUUGUCAGAAUAUACAGACAUCGAAAUGCUUUUGGGCGUCUUGUCGAUAUAAUAGCAAAUCUAAGGCACAUCACUUUUCGA